CUCUCUCCAACAAUGCCUCCUCACCAUCUAGCUCCGAAAGUCGACAGUUUCGAUGUACACCUUCCCGAUUUGAUGCAUGCCCCCCGCCUACAUAGCUUGGCAUCAUCUCAGCCUGCAGGGGCAAUCGUCUAUGCUGCAAGUGAUUUUUGACGCAGCUGCCCAAUCGGGGGUCUCAAUUGAAAUUAGUUACAAAACAAAUGCUGGAAGUCGUGAUGUCUUUGGUACACCGAGAACGAUAAGGCUUGCCAUUUACCCGAGCCACCGUAUCAUGCACCAUGUAGGGAGCCAGUGGUGACGCAGCGGAUCCGUUCCUGGGCAUCGAGGAAGGCAAAUAAACAUGGCAAACGAUCCUCUUUCGCGGUUGUUUCCUUUCACUCGCUCCUUUCUUGCCUCACCCUCCUCCGUCCCCUCCCAGCACCAUUUUGCACGCCCAAAAUGAGGUUCGCAUCAGCCUGGUUCGCUCUGUGCCUUGCGCAGUUGGCAAAGUCCUGUCUCCUCCCCGAGGAGUCGGAACACGACGCCGCACCCAGCCUCAAGCGUCGCCAGGGCGGGAACACGGGUCUCGCCAUCGGAGAGGGUGAUCGGUUCGAGGGCGGCAAGAUCGUCCCCCGCGGUCUGGGAACACAGCCCGUCGGCACUGAUCCCGGCAAGCUUUUGAGCGUCGUCGAGAUCCGUUCGGCCUUUGAUGCUCUCGCCAACGAGUACGGUUUCGACACAUUCGAGGCCCCCGAUAAGACGUUUGAGAACCGCACCAUCUUUGGUGGUGCAGUCGGCGGGAGCGGAAAGAACUGCACAGCCACCGAUGGGUACCGUGCCUUCUUCAACGGUGCCAUCCACGCGCGCGAGCGUGGCUCGUCGGACAACGUCAUCUACUUCAUCGCCGACCUGCUGUACGCCAACAAACACAACCAGGGUAUCGCCUACGGCGGUCGCACCUGGACCAACUGCGACGUCAAGCGUGCGCUGAAGGCCGGUAUCGUGUUUGUGCCCCUGAGCAACCCUGACGGUGUCGCCCACGAUCAAGCCACCCACUCGUGCUGGCGCAAGAACAGAAACCCGGCUUCGGCGACGCCAGGCAACGCUGCCAGCUACGGCAUCGACCUCAACAGGAACUUUGACUUCCUGUGGGACUUCCUGAAGAAGUUCGACCCCAGUGUCGGGCCCAACGUUGCAUCGUCGAACCCGGCGUCGCAAACUUUCCACGGCACGGCUCCCUUCUCGGAACCCGAGACACGAGCUGUCAAGUGGGUUCUUGACACGUUCAAGAAGAUUCGGUGGUACAUUGAUCUUCACUCGUACACCGGCAUCGUCCUUCACAGCUGGGGAAGCGACGAGAACCAGAACAGACGCCCGUACAUGAACUUCAUGAACGACACAUACGACUCUGUCCGUGGUCUGAUGCCAGACAAGCCGGAAGAGGGACGUGUGUACGGCGAGUACAUUUCCUCGGACGACUGGCGCGACGCUGCCUACGCAGGUGUGCGCGCUGGCACGGCAAUGACCGGAGCCACCGGCCGAAUCUACGACGUUUCUGCUUCGGCAUACCUUUACCCCACGAGUGGUGCUAGCGAUGACUAUGCUUUCUCGCGCCACUUUUCCGACCCCAGCCUGAACAAGGUCUUCUCGUAUACGAUCGAGUUUGGCUUUGGUAACACUGCUGCAUCUUGCCCAUUCUACCCUACGGCAGAAAUCUACAAGCUCAACCUCCUGGAGACCGGUGCAGGAUUCAUGGAGUUCCUGUUGGCCGCCUCAGAUAUUGGUCUUGGAGAAGAGGACACUUGCUGAGUUCCUGUGUAGCACAACCUUCAAGUCUUUUCAAGGCCUAGAGGCAUAGCAUAAAAAUGAUAGGAUAUAUUCAAUAGUGUGUAAUGAUACGAAGCAAUGCUACACGAUUUACUCGUUAGAUUAACCCGGCGGACCGCAGUCAAAAGCAAUAAGACGUGCGGUUGUUUUGAGUAAACAACCUGUGCCGAUGAGCCAGG